AUGGCGGGAUCGAACAUGGUGAAUCAGGAGCCAUUCACAAGAGCCAGAUCGACAGAAGUGAUCGCCUCUCUACCGAAUCCUCCCUUUGAUUCAUCAACUGCAUCGCCCGUUCGAAAUGCUAACGUCGUUUGGGACGAAAUUAGCAGAAGCUUCCAUCGCAUGAUGGAAGAAAUAAACGCGGCUCGUGAACCGCGCAGACCGGAGUCUGAUGUGGUACAACGGCUCGAGUCAGUGUUAGAGACGUUUGUUCAACGAAUGAACAGAGAUGAUAAUCCGCAAGGAGCCAGGCGGGAAAAUGGAACCACCUCGUCGUCCAUCGCGGUACAAGACGGUACUCUUAACGUUAGUCAGAGUCAGGUGCUAGCGAGACGUUCCGUCAGUUCCAAACUGCCUACGUUUACCGGCAAACCCGAGGAGUGGUCGGUGUUCGAAUCAUCGUUCUACGAAACGACGGAACUGUGUGGAUUCUCCGAUGGAGAAAAUAUAGUGAGGCUGCAACAAGCAUUAAAAGGAGAUGCUCUUAAAGCGGUACAAGGACGACUUCGAAAUGCAGCAAAUCUGAAAGAAGUAAUGGAAGAGCUGAAAACAUCGUUUGGUCGUCCGGAAAUAAUCGUGCAAACCCUGCUAAGCCAAAUUCGUCGUCAAGUGCCACCGAAAACUGAAAAGUUGGAAUCGCUCAUCCAGUUCGCCAUAUCCGUCGACGAAAUGUGUGCUACAGUGAGAACCAAUGGCGUCGAAGAUCGAUAUGACGGUCCCCUGUUGGAUGAGCUCGUUGGAUGUCUUCCCCCCAUGGUCAAGCUGAUGUGGGGUCUACACCGUAUUACGCUAUCUAAGGUCAACCUGGCGGCCUUUGGAAAGUGGAUGCAAACCAUCAAACAAGCAGCGCAGUCGGUGACUAAUCCUGCAGCGCAUUCCGACCGGAAUAGUAAGUACGUUCACACCCACGUAACUAACUCUCCCUCACAGAACACCACGGAAGCAAAGUGUGCAUGUGAAAAUGGAUGUGCUCAACUGUACGAGUGCGAUUCAUAUUGGCAGAAGAGCAUCGCCGAUCGAUGGGACAUCGUGAAGAAAAACUACCUAUGCAAACGCUGCUUAAGGAAACAUCGAGCGCCCUGCAAAGAAACAAGCGCCUGUGGCAAAGAAGGUUGUACGGCAAAGCAUCACCCUUCGCUUCACAAUAAGGCAGGUAAGGGAAAGCAGGAGGCAAAUUUUUCUCACUCUACAGUCACCGACGACAACAUCGUGCUGCGAUACAUUCCGGUCGAGCUUCGCGCUGGAACGAAGACGGUAAAAACUAUUGCCUUUCUGGACGAGGGAGCAUCGGUUUCGUUGGUUGAGCAAUCACUGGUUGAUGAGUUGGGACUGGACGGACCAAACCGGCCAUUGUGCCUAAAAUGGACCGGAGGACAGCAUCGAACGGAACGAGACUCGAAACAGGUGAGCGUUGAUAUAAUAGGGACAUCCGCCGGGGCUCAGGUUUUCGAAGCAUCGAAUGUGCGAACGGUUGGACGCCUUGGCUUACCCGCCCAACUUGUAAAUAUGGAUCGCCUUAGAACAAAACAUCGCCACCUAGCUUCCAUCCCACUAGCGCAGUAUGCUGCUACUCCUCCGCGCAUUCUAAUUGGGAUGAACAAUUAUCACCUCACUGUGCCGCUGAAAACGAUAGAGGGUCGAGUAAAUGAACCGGUUGCCACCAAAACGCGUUUAGGAUGGGUACUUUCGGGUUGCGAUUCAUCUUCAAUGAGCAAUACCAGCAGCAUUUUGGCGUGUCAUAGGGCUCAUGUUUGCGAUUGUCAGGACAUUGAUGCAAGAAUAGAUCUGGCGCUAAAAGGUAGUUUCGCAUUGGAAGAACCACGAUGUAAAGGAAAGAUCAAGUCGCUCUCGAACGAUGAUGAACGGGCAAGCAUCAUGCUUAGUGAAAACACCAAAUUACGAGGAGAGCGAUACGCCACUGGAUUGCUGUGGCGUUAUGAUGAUGUGAAACUUCCUAAUAACCGAUCUAUGGCUGUUAGGCGUUUGGCAUGCUUAGAGCGUCGGAUGGCGAAGGAUGAGAAGCUUCGGAUGAUGAUGCAACAAGUGCUAAAAGAACACAUAGAAAAGGGAUACGUUAGAAAACUGUCUGAGGAAGAACGUAACAUAAAACAUCCUAGAAAAUGGUAUUUACCGAUCUUUCCUGUAUUCAACCCAAAGAAGCCAAACAAAGUGCGAGUGGUGUGGGAUGCAGCAGCAGCAGUAAACGGGAUAUCUCUUAAUUCCAUGCUACUAACGGGACCUGAUCUUCUCUCUCCUCUACCGACGGUGCUUAGCAGAUUUCGAGAAUUUCGCGUAGCGUUAACAGCGGACAUUCAAGAAAUGUAUCAUCAGGUCAUUAUCAACGAGAAGGAUCAAAUCAGUCAAAGAUUUUUAUGGAGGACUGAUCGCCUACAAGAAGACCUGGAUGAAUACGUGAUGGUAAGAAUGACCUUCAGUUCAGCUUGUUCUCCAAGCUGUGCGCAAUUCGUCAAGAAUAUGAACGCUGAUCGUUUCGCUGAUCGUUUUCCCUCGGCCGUCGAAUGCAUAAAAGUUCAUCAUUAUGUCGAUGAUAUGCUCACUAGCGUAGAAAGUGUUCCAGAAGCGGUCAAGCUUGCCACAGACGUGAAAUAUAUCCACUCACAAGGAGGAUUCAAGUUGCAUCACUGGAUGGCAACACAUACCGAAGUACUACGGGCAGUGGGAGGUAGCAACAGUCAGGAAAAGGACAUGAAUAUCGAUCCUGCUGCGAGUACACAAAAGGUUCUGGGGAUGUGGUGGAACUCGCUAGAAGAUACGUUCCAGUUUAAAGUACCAGAACUACCCAUCCUUCAGGGGAAAGUAAAGCCGACCAAACGACAACUCCUAAGUAUGCUCAUGUCCAUCUACGACCCGUUGGGAUUAAUCGCAGGUUUCUUAUUCUUUUUGAAAGUGUUGCUGCAGGAAAUUUGGCGAUCCGGGGUUGGAUGGGACGAUGAAAUAUCCAGCGAGCUACAAGAGAAAUGGCAAGAUUGGUUAGCAUGCAUACCUCACCUGCAAUCAGUUAGAAUCCCGCGCUGCUACCGUAAAUCAGUUGACAUCGACAAGUGCAAGAUUCAACUACACAUUUUCGUAGAUGCCGGAAAAGAUGGAUUUGCAGCUGUGGGAUAUUUUCGGUUUGAAUCCGAAGAUCAUCGCGAAGUAGUGUUGAUUGGUGCUAAAACCAGGGUAGCCCCGUUAAAAUAUACAUCGAUCCCUCGGCUUGAAUUACAGGCAGCCAUACUGGGGGUCAGGCUGAUGAAGGCUAUCGAAACAGCGCAUCGAAUAAAAAUCGAUCGUCGAUACUUGUGGACGGACUCCAAAGAUGUGUUAUGCUGGCUAAAUGCUGAUCAUCGAAAAUACAGCAUUUACGUGGCACAUCGCGUUAGUGAAAUCUUGGAGAACUCGACAGUUAACGAAUGGCAUUGGGUAUCGACGAAACGCAACGUAGCCGAUGAAGGAACAAAAUGGUCCAACCUGAACAGACACUUCACAAGUGGAAGCUGGUUUCAAGGGCCCGAAUUUCUGCAACAACCAGAGAACGCGUGGCAACUGGAUAGUUUCCAGCCUAGGAUGACCGAAGAGGAGAUAAAAUCAACGUUAUCAUUCCAUCGGGUAUCAACACCAGUUAUUAACUUCGAGAGAUUCUCUAACUGGAGACGUCUGCAUCGCGCCAUCGCUUAUUUGUGGCGAUUUAUCAACAAUACUCGAUCACCCAUGGCAGCUCGGCAAUGUGGACAUCUUACAACGGAUGAAUUACGACAAGCAGAGCGGUCCAUAUUCAUCGAAGUGCAGAAGACAGAGUUCCCCGAAGACUACCAUCUGCUAAAAGAAAAUAAAUCAGGUACGAAGAAUAACAGUAACAAAAACGGUCCUCUUUUUAGACGCAGUGCCUACAUCGAUGAUAACGACGUUUUACGGGUACGUGGAAGAAUCGACGCAUGUCGUUAUGUAGGUGAUAAUACUAAGAGGCCGAUAAUCCUCCCUAAAAGAUCCUGGGUGACGGAUCUGGUGGUAGCAGAAUAUCACUGGAAGUACAAACACCAAAAUCAUCAAACUGUUAUGAACGAAGUGCGGCAACGUUUUGACAUACCUGCUUUAAGAAGCGCGUGUCACAGAGUAAGGAGCAAUUGUUUUAUAUGCCGGAUUCGACAAGCGUACCCGCGACCGCCUGUGAUGAGUGAACUUCCACUAGCCCGAUUGUCACCGUUCACCAGACCGUUCUCCUACACCGGAAUUGAUUAUUUUGGACCCUUUCUGGUUGCCAGCGGCCGGAGGCAGGAGAAACGGUGGGGUGUGCUGUUCACGUGCCUAACAGUUCGGGCAAUUCAUAUAGAGGUUGCUCAUAGUCUGAACACAAGCGCCUGCAUAAUCGCGCUUCGCAACUUUAUUGCACGUAGAGGCACUCCUAUUGAAAUCGUGACCGAUCGAGGAACAAAUUUCGUCGGCGCUGAUCGUGAGUUGAAGGAUGCAGCUAAGCAGAUUGAUCUCGAUGAGCUGAUUGAUGCAGUAUACCUUCCAGACACAAAGUGGAGAUUUAACCCACCUGGGGCUCCACAUUUCGGCGGUGCAUGGGAGAGCACUUAGGAACAGUUGGAAGACAUCACAAUUGUACGCAGAUCAUUUUUGGAAAAAGUGGGUAGCUUCUUACUUGCCUACCCUUACGCGUCGCAGCAAAUGGUUUCAGCCACAACCGCCUCUAAGAGAAGGAGACCUCGUGCUAGUGGUGGAUGACGCCUUACCGAGAGGAUGCUGGCCUAAAGGAAGAAUCGUCAAACUCUUACCAUCGAAAGACGGCGUGGUUCGCCGAGUUCACGUGCAACUAGGAACCCGAAAGAUACUGGAACGACCGGCCGUAAAAAUCGCCUGUAUUAACGUUGAACCGCAUGGAGGUGUUUAACGUGGUCAAACACCGGGGGUCAGUGUUGUUUACAACAACGGCCCAACGUUUGACAGCGCCAGAUGAGCGAGCGAAAUGAGGAGCGAAACGACCGAGCGAGACGGUUGCGCACAAGUUUAGGGAUAUUCAUCCGAUCCGAAGGAUCGCGGGCGGCUCGGAUGAACUUCGGAAAGGAGUAACGACCGCGAUCGGUUGUAAAAAAAGAGCAUAAAAGUGCGUAAGAAGGGACGCUAGUUCUCUUUUUUUCGAUAGAAACAGCCUCAGAAGCAACAGUGAUUUUUUAAUUAAAGAUUGUACUUUAUCAUUAGAAAAACUGUUUCUUGAUACUUUUGGCAACGGUUAGAAAGAAAGGGCUCGUUGCUGGACGCAA